AUGCCCGACGGCCAGGAAAUGGAGUGCAGCGACGAGAUCGAGCGGCUGACGGGUGCGCGCUGCGCCGCCGGGAACCCAGUGCUUGGGCACGGGGCGAUCUGCGAGGGCGUCAUCGAGGACUGCACUUUCUCCAAAGCGGGGACUCGGAAGUGCGACAGUGACAAGUGCAAGGAGUGGCAAGGAAAGACAAGAUGUACCGGAGCCGAUUGCACGGCGGGCUACGAGGGCGGCCGCGUUCCUUACCCGGAGGUUUAUCCGGGCAACAACGGAGGAUCCUUUGCUCCGCAGGCAGACACGGAUGAGGCGCAGAAGUGCUCCAAGGCAGACUCGGCCCUGCAGUGGCUUAAGUGCGGGAUCCCAUGCCCGGCUGCGUUCCCGAUGUCCGUGGAGGACUUCACGGGCCGUGCCGCUGUGGUCCUGGGCUUCAUCGUGAUCUCCAUGGGUGCCGGUCUCGCGACCUACUUCAAGGUGGGAGGGAGCAGCGAGAACUUCUUUGUGGCCGGCCGGGACUUGCCCGUGUGGAUCUUGGUGUGCACGCUUGGAUCCCAGUGCUUGGAUGCCAGUUCCGCACUUGGUAACCUGGACCUCGCUUACAAGUAUCACUUCUGGGACGGGGCGGCCCUGCCAAUCGGCUUGGCUCUCUCGCU